AUGUAUCAUAUUUAUUUAAAUCGUAAUGGUCGUUGGACAUUAUUAAAAAAUAUUCUUGAAAAAUUAGUUCAUGUGCAUGAUUUUGAUUUAACAAAUAGGUUUCCUGAUAUAAGACGUUUUAUAUAUUUAUGUGUUAAUGAAAAAACAAUAAAUUUUCUUGUUCAAAUGGAUAAUUUAUCAUAUGGUGUUGUAUUUUGUUCAGUAACAAAUGAUUGUAUAACAAAUGAAAAAUUAAAAUUAAUUGAAUUACCACGUGCUCAACAACUAUUAACAAUUUAUUCAGCAUUUAUUAAAUCUUUAAAUCAAGAUUUUUUUUAUUAA